AUGAUCGAUGUCUCAAACUCUCCUAAUAAGAACAAAUCUAUUGAAGAAAUCUACCAAAAGAAGUCUCAAUUAGAACACAUUUUGCUUCGUCCAGAUACUUAUGUUGGAUCAACUGAAGUUGAAGAGGAAGAGAUGUGGGUAUUUGAUAGUGAACAAAGCAUCAUUAAGAAGAAAAAGAUAAAGUAUGUUCCUGGUUUAUACAAGAUUGUAGACGAAAUUCUGGUCAAUGCUGCUGAUCACAAGAUUAGAGAUCCAGCAAUGACUUAUAUCAAAGUAACUAUAAACAGAACAGAAAACUUCAUUUGUAUCGAAAAUAAUGGUAAAGGUAUUCCUAUUACCGAACACAAGAAAGAAAAGGUCUAUGUACCUGAACUGAUCUUUGGACACUUGUUGACCUCUUCAAACUACGAUGAUGAAGAAAAAAGAGUGGUUGGUGGUCGUAAUGGUUAUGGUGCCAAACUAUGUAACGUCUUUAGUACAGAAUUUACCAUAGAAACUGCAGAUAAGGAAAGACAGCUGAAAUAUAAGCAGAUCUUUCAAAAGAACAUGACAGUCAUCAAACCACCCUCUAUCACCAAGAACUCAAGAGGAGAGCAAUACACUCGCAUCAGCUUUAAACCCGAUUUGGCUAAAUUCUCAUUGUCAGAGAUGGAUGAGGAUUUUGAAGCUUUAAUCAAGAAACGUGUCUAUGAUCUGGCUGGUUGCGUAGAUAACUGUAACGUGUUCUUGAAUGGUACAAAGAUCCCCGUAAAGAACUUUAAGCAGUACUGUGAAUUGUACACAAAGUCAUUAGAACUUGGUCCUGAAGAAACAAAGAAGGAGAUCAUAUUUGACAAUGCAGCAACGGGUCGUUGGCAAGUCUGCUUUGCUCUAAGCGAUGGUCAAUUUGAUCAAAUCAGUUUUGUCAACAGUAUCUGUACAGCAAAGGGUGGUACUCAUGUGAAUCAUGUCGCUGAUCAGAUUGUCAAGCAUUUGGCUCCUGAGGUUGAAAAGAAGAGCAAAAACAAGAAUGUAAAGAACAUGCAGAUCAAGAAUCAUAUGAUCCUGUUUAUCAAGUGCUUGGUCGAAAACCCCACUUUUGAAACGCAAACGAAAGAGACGAUGACAUUGCGUGCCAGCGCCUUUGGUUCAUCUUAUAAGCUAUCUGACAGAUUUGCUAAUGCUAUUGCAAAAUCAGGUAUUGUUGAUAACAUCGUUCGAUGGGUCAAGUUUAAAGAAGAGCAAAAGAUGUCCAAGGUUGAUAAAGGUCUGAUGCGACGAACCUUGAACAUUCCCAAGUUGGAAGAUGCAAACUUUGCCGGUGUUCCUGGAAAGAACAAGCGCUGCACUCUGAUCAUCACAGAAGGUGAUUCAGCUAAGUCGCUUGUUUUGAGUGGCAUGUCAGUAGUGGGUCGUGACUACUAUGGUGUAUUCCCCAUCCGUGGCAAACUGUUGAACGUUCGUGACGUUUCUAAUGCUGAACUCAUGAAAAAUGAAGAAAUCAAAAACAUCAAGGCUAUUCUUGGCCUUCAGCAUGGUAAAAAGUAUGAAAGUGUUGAUGAGUUGCGAUAUGGCCGUUUGAUGAUCAUGACAGAUCAAGAUCAUGACGGUUCACACAUUAAGGGUCUGAUCAUCAACUUUAUCGAUUCCAUGUUUCCCUCGCUUCUGGAUAUUCCUGGGUUCCUCUUGGAGUUUAUCACACCUAUUAUAAAGUGUACACAUAAACGUUCAAAGCAGAUCGUUUCCUUUUUCACUAUCCCAGAAUAUGAGCAAUGGGCCUUGGAACACAACAAGAAGAGUGAAUGGGAUGUAAAGUACUUCAAGGGUCUGGGUACAUCUGAUAAAAUGGCUGCUCGUGAAUACUUUAGUAAGCCAGAAAUCCAUCAAAAAGAAUUUCAGAUAAUGGACACAGAAGAUCGUCAACUGAUUGACAUGGUUUUCAACAAGAAGAAGGCUUCAGAUAGAAAGGAAUGGUUGACCCAGUAUGAGCCUGGCAUCUUCAUUGAUCACAAUGUCAACAAGAUUAAGAUUAGUGAAUUUGUCAAUCGUGAGUUGAUGUUAUUUAGUAUGGCAGAUAACAUCCGUUCUAUUCCUAGCGUCGUCGAUGGUUUCAAACCAGCUCAGCGUAAGGUACUCUAUGGUUGCAUCAAACGUCCCAGGAAUACAGAAGUCAAGGUAGCUCAGCUAGCAAACUACGUUGCUGGUAUCACCCAAUACCAUCACGGUGAACAAAGUGUUGCAGGAACGAUCAUCAACAUGGCCCAAAACUUUGUUGGAUCUAACAAUAUCAACUUGCUAGUACCUUCCGGUCAGUUCGGUAACCGUCACUCUGGCAGUAAGAGUGCGGCUAGUCCUCGUUAUCUGUUCACUCGCUUGUCCAAAGUCACGCGUUUGAUAUUCCAUCCUGAUGAUGAUGCUGUGUUGAAUUACUUGAUAGAAGAAGAUAAGAUGAUUGAACCUAGCUGGUAUAUUCCUAUCAUUCCUAUGGUACUCGUCAAUGGUGCCGACGGUAUUGGUACAGGCUGGAGUACAGCUAUACCCAACUACAACCCCAAGGAUAUUAUCGACAACAUCUUGCGCCUGAUGAAUAACCAGCCCAUGGAGACAAUGAAGCCAUGGUACAGAGGCUUCAAGGGAGAAAUUAGUCCUUCUGGGCCUAGCAAAUUCACUGUGAAUGGUAUUGCUGAAGUCACACCAGAGAGUGAUGUUAAGGUGACUGAAAUACCCGUUCGUCUGUAUACUGAAGCGUUCAAGAAGUUCCUCAUGGACUCUCUUCCCGACCAGGCCAAGGACAAGAAGAACAUUAUAAGUUUUAAAGAUAAUUCAACAGAUGUGGCUGUUGACUUUACAAUUAAAUUAGAUGACAGCAACUUGAAGAAAGCGGAAGAUGUAGGUCUCCUGACUGCUUUUAAGAUCACAAGCACGAUCAAUACAACCAAUAUUGUCUGUUUUGACAAGAACGGUAAAAUUAAGAGAUAUGACGGCCCCGAAGAGAUCCUGCGAGAAUUUUAUGAUUUGCGUUUGGAAUUCUAUGCAAAGAGAAAGGAACAUUUGAUUACUGUAUUAAAGCAUGAAUAUGAACGUCUAGACAACAAAGCCAAGUUCAUUCAACUCGUCAUUGAUGAAAAGCUUCAAUUCUUCAACCGUAAGAAGGCUGAUGUCAUUGCUGACAUGAAAGAACAUGGACUUCAGCAAAUCUACCCGUUGAAGAGAAAGAACGCUUUAGUACAAGAUGAUGAUGAAGAUCCAAAUAACCAAGCAGAGGAACAAGAGGGUACAGGAUAUGAGUACCUCUUUUCUAUCAGCGUCAGUGGCUUCACAAGAGAAAAGGUCGAAGAACUUCAUAAACAGCGUGACACCAAGUUGGAAGAACUUGAAGAUAUUCAAGGUACACCACCAAAGACAUUCUGGCGCCGUGAUUUAGAAGCUCUAUUGAAAGAAUGGGAAUCCAUAUUGGAAGAAGAUGCCGAAUAUGAAAAGACAGCUAAACCUAUGGCUACUAGCGAUGCUGGAAAGAAGAGAAAAAGAGCCCCAGUAAAGAAGAAGGUUAAGCAAGAGGAUUAA